AAUAGUUCCUACUCUCAUUAAUAACAAGCCAGGUUUCAGGUGUUUUCACCUACAACCCUUCCGAUUACUUUACUUAGCAUUUGCGUGGUAAUUUACACCAUCAGCAAGGUUGGCUCAUAAUUGAAGAUGAAUAUGGUGGAGCUAUGGCAUCUUCUUCUUCUUCUCUCCCUGCAACAAUGGCUUUUCCUUCCCAUUAUCAUACCCUGCCAUGCCACUACCACCACUCACGCUCAGCGCCUCCAUUCCUUCAUCACCUCCAAUUUCAUCUCCCCCGAUUAUAACAUUAAUCUUCCCCUCUCAGAAGAGUGGCCUGAUGAAGACCUUCUUUCGUCUCCUUCUUCUUCCUCAGUAUAUAUUGGACCUCAGCAAGGGUUGAUGAAGGCCGACAAGAUUCUUUCCCUGCCGAAACAACCCCCCGGCGUCAAAUUCGGCCAAUACUCCGGCUACGUCACCGUCGACCCCCUCGCCGGAAGGUCACUCUUUUAUUACCUGGCCGAAUCGCCCCACAACUCCUCCGCCAAGCCUCUGGUCCUCUGGCUCACCGGAGGACCCGGAUGCACAAGCCUUGGUUUCUUCGAGAUUGGACCUUACAAUGUACGUAGCGAUGGAAAAACUCUGUACAUGGAUGAACAUGCUUGGAACAAUGUGGCAAAUGUAUUGUUCGUGGAAUCGCCCGCGGGUGUGGGGUUUUCGUACUCCAACACCACCUCGGACUAUGACACCACCGGUGACCGGAGAACAGCCAAAGAUUCUUACACCUUCCUAGUAAACUGGUUCCAAAGAUUCCCACAUUACAAGAAGAGGGAUUUCUACAUAGCUGGCCAGAGCUACUGCGGCCAUUUCAUUCCUCAGCUCGCUCACACCAUUGUAACGCAGAACAACAACCAGAAUUCGGGUCUUCCCGUCAUCAACCUCAAAGGCAUUGCUGUUGGGAAUGGUUUGUUGGAUUAUGAUUUGGUUAUGAAAGGAAUUUCGGACUUCCUAUGGGGGCACGCGAUGAGCUCGGACGAAACACACCAAGGGAUCAUCAAGAAUUGCGACUUUGCGCGUCGCAAUUAUUCGGAAACCUGCCAAAAGUACUUGAUACAAAUGAUACAAGAAUAUGGACUUGUUCCCAUUGUUAACAUCAUGUACAGUUCUUUAUGUGUUCCAGAUUCACCCAAAGCCCAAUCUCCUGGUUUGACCUUCAAUCUGUGCUCAACCACAUACGUCCAAGCUUACCUCAACCGGAAGAAUGUGCAACGAGCUUUCCAUACCAUCAACACCACUUGGAGAAGCUGCAGCAAAGAAGUUGGGGGAUCGAACUGGAAAGACGCUCCUAGGACUGUCCUACCCAUAAUCAAGAAGCUCAUUGCAAACCGAAUUCGCAUUUGGCUUUACAGCGGGGACCAAGAUGGUCUAGUUCCAGUGACAUCAACGAGGUAUGCAAUAAACGCGCUGAAGCUCCCCGUGGUGACACCCUGGCGUCCUUGGUAUUCUAUGGCCACAAAGGAGGUCGGAGGAUAUGUUGAGGAAUAUGACGGAUUGACACUUGUCACAAUACGAGGGGCGGGGCACGCGCCUCCGAGUUACCAGCCAGAGCGGGCCCUCACUAUGAUCUCCUCUUUUCUUGAAGGGAAACUUCCCCCCUCAGCUUAGCAGCAAAGACUUGUUGUGAGCAUGCAAUUUUCAUAAUCACAAUUUUCCCUUUUGUAUUGCAGUGUGCAUUAUGGUUUAAACAAUUGAUAUACAAAUAAAACAUUCCUUUUUAUGGUAACAAUGUGGUUCUGUUCGUUUCAGUUUUACUCCGUAUUUUUCUUAUGCCGAAAGAUUAAACAAAAUUUGUACAGUUAC